GAUCCAAUCGCGGAGAAGUUCUGAGGCCGGAGCGGAUUUGCAGGCCUUCGCCGCCAUCGGACCCGACAGGUGGACCGCAUACAGUCCCCAAAUUACUGUAGAAUUCUCACCGCCUCGUCCUCGGGCCGCCGGAGCCGUCUGCGCGGUGGGUCGCGCUUGCCUCUCACCCGCCGCCGCCGCAUGUGUUCAAGGUGUGAGAGGGGGGGAGCGUCGAAGCCGCCAUGCGAGUCCAAGGUGAAGUGUUCCUCUCCCCUGAGAUUGCAUUAUUCCGAUGGAAUCAAAUGCUCCGGUUGCUUUCGGGUUAGUACCUACACACAGAUGCGUCAUGCGUGAAACUAGACAAUCCGCAUCGGAGGCUGCAGCCAUCUCGCGAUUCUCUGCUACCUUGAGGCUGAAUUCGUCAGCGAAGCUUCCGCAGGGUGAUGCCAUGCGACGACCUACUGGUAAGGCAGCAGGGGAGGAUCCACCGCCGCACCCCGCCAGCAUGCAGCUCCUUCAGGGAGAGAAGUGGUGUAGAAAUAGAGGGAAGAAGGAGAGGAAAAAGAGCAAAGAAGAUGGUAAUGGGGUCAGGCCUUGGAGGCCGGCUGCACGAAGUACCUGAAACCAGACCUGUCUGCUAUAGGAACACCUACUAGCGAGUGAUUGAUGGAUUCCAACUCCUGAUCGCACAGAGCAGUGCAACACGUAGGAGAAGCCACUCUUCUGGCCCUCUUCACUGCAGGCUGUCAUGGAUCCUGGAAUUGUUGUAAGCACCAUUGGUGUAUUCGUCCAAGUGAUCUUUGACAAAUACCUCAGCUCCAAGUUAGAGCAGUGGGCAGCUCGUGCAAAUUUAGGAGGUGAAUUUCAAAACCUCCGAGGUCACCUCGAGAUGGCCAAGGCAAUACUUGAGACCCUGAAAGGCAGCGCCGCCAUGGAGAAGGGCAUCUGUCAACUUGCUCAAGAGUUGAAGUCAUCAGCUUACGAUGCAGAGGAUGUGCUUGAUGAGUUGGACUACUUGCAUCAUAUGGAAAUGGUGGAGGACAGAAGCCAGAACAAGGUUGCUACAAGCAGUGGUUUAUCAUUUCCUCCAGCCCUUCAGAGGGUUUUUCAUCAACCAGGUGCCAUCGCGCUCCCUCCAUUUAAAAGAGCCAGACAGAUUGUUAAUUGUGUGUCCUAUGACUUGGAUUCAAUCUCCUCUAAGAUGAAGUCCAUUGCUGAUCGUCUACAAAGAAUUACUGCCCAUACUGUGCGUGUUGCUCAGUUGAAGAAGUUAGUUGCUUUUGAUUACCAGCAACCGAAGCCUCCGAACUCGCGACAGACUAGUUCACUCUUGACUGAACCAGAGGUUUAUGGCAGAGACGAGGAGAAAAAUGCCAUUAUAAAGAUGCUCCUGGAGCCAAACAGAACAAGUAUGUACAAGAGCUUCUCCGUGCUCCCAGUUGUAGGUAUUGGUGGUGUGGGCAAGACAACUCUUGUUCAGUAUGUGUAUAAUGAUCCAACUAUCAUGAAUUCUUUUGAGGUAAGGGCAUGGGCAUGUGCCUCCGAUUUUCUUGAUGUCAAACAGGUUACAAUAGAUAUACUACAGUCAAUAGACGAAGAGGGAUAUCAUCAGCUUAUCAGUUCACGCAGUUUAGACAACAUUCAGACCACGCUGUUGAAGAAGCUAGGGAAUAGGAAGUUCCUAAUUGUUCUUGAUGAUGUCUGGUGUUGCAGUAAUUGGGAAUUGAUGUGCGCCCCCUUCUCAUCUGGGAUGCCUGGGAGCAAAAUCAUAUUAACAACUCGUCACCAGGAUAUAGCUAACAGUGUUGGCACCAUUCCAUCAGUCACUCUUAGAGGGUUGGAAGAUGGUCCUUUCUGGUCUUUAUUCAAACAAAACGCAUUUGGAGAUGACGAUAUUUUUUAUAAUUUGACUUCGAUUGGCAGAAAAAUAGCGAAUAGGCUUAAUGGUAUACCUUUGGCAGCAAAGACUAUUGGAAAGCUGUUGCACAAGCAACAUACAACAGGGCAUUGGAUGAGUAUAUUAGAUAGCAACUUAUGGGAGCUAAGACAAAGACCUCAAGAUAUCAUACCAGUCCUUCUCUUAAGCUACCAACACCUGUCCACAAACGUCCAGCGCUGCUUUGCAUUCUGCUCAGCAUUCCCCAAGGAUCACUCUUUCAGUGAAGAGGAGCUGAUAUUUUCCUGGAUGGCACAUGGCUUUAUUCAGUCCAUGAGAGGAGACAAAACUCCGGAGGAUAUUGCACGAGAAUACCUGUAUGAAUUGGCAUCAGCUUCGUUCUUCGAAGUCUCAGAAAAUGAUAACCUUUACAGAAUGCAUGGUUUAUUGCAUGACCUAGCAUGUUCAGUAGCCCAAGAUGAGUGCUUCGCCACCAAUGAUAAUUUUUCUAGAGGUAUCCCAAAUACAGUUCGCCACCUGUAUCUUCUUUAUCCAGACCAAGCUAAAAACUUUUGCCUUAAUUUUUCACUGGUCGAGCCUAGAUCACCGAGUCACGGAGAGUUACUUGAGAAAAGGCUACCUGGUGGUUUUGUGGAGCUGAAGAACCUACGCAGCAUAUGGUUCAGGAAUGCUUCGACAAUUGCAUUGUCUGACGAUGGAUUUUGGAAAAUGCCCAUAAACUACAGAAGAAUUGUUAAUCUUCGCAUACUAUGCUUACAUCAUAUAAACAGUGAAGCACUUUUGGUAACAGUUGGGGACUUGAUACAUUUGCGGUACCUUGACCUCAGGUUCUCUGACAUUUCGGAGUUGCCAGAAUCACUAUGCAAGCUUUACCAUCUGCAAGUGCUGGAUAUAAGAUCGUGCAAGAACCUUGUUAAAUUGCCAAUGGGUAUUAACAAUCUCAUUAGCCUUCGUCAUCUAUUAGUUGAUGAUUCGAGCAAGUUUCUUGCUGGUUAUGCUGGUAUUCCUUAUAUUGGAAAGCUCGCCAGCCUACAGGAGUUGGAUCUGUUCAAUGUUAGCAAAGAAGAGGCAUUUAACAUCGAACAACUAAAAGAGUUAAGGGAGAUGGGGCAAUCUCUUUCUAUUGGACACCUUGAGAACGUUGCAAGCAAGGAAGAAGCUAGUAAUUCAGGACUGAAGGAAAAAUAUCGCCUCAACGAGCUGACUUUAUCAUGGAGUAGCAAUUUGGAAGAUAGAGCUAGUGAUGCAGUAAUAAAUAUUCUUGAGGGUCUUGAACCCCAUCCAAAUCUCAAACAUCUCAGGAUAACACGUUACAGUGGAACUAUUUCACCUACAUGGUUAGCUAAUGAUCUAAACAUCAAAUACUUGGAGUCCCUCUACCUACAAGAUUGCUCAGGAUGGGAGGUGCUACCUCCUCUUGGGAAGCUUCCUUAUCUUAGGAAACUUCAUUCCAUUGGCAUGAAGGCCAUACGAUGUAUUGGCUCUGAAUUCUAUGGAAGUGGCUCUUUCAUGGGGUUUCCAUGUUUAGAAGAGUUGUAUUUCGCGAAGAUGCCAAAGUGGCAUUCAUGGUGUGGAGUUGAGAAAACAUGCUGCUUCCCUAAUUUGCUGACACUAACCAUCACAGACUGCACCAGCUUGCAGCUAAUACCAGUGGAGCAAUGGUCUGAACAAGUCUGCUAUGUAUGGUUUCCUCGCCUCCGUACGCUUGAUAUUGAAAACUGUCCCAGGCUUGCCCAGUUACCUCCACUUCCACAUGCUCCAACAUUAUCUAGGAUAAGUUUGAAAAAUGCGGGGACAAUUUCCAGCAUGGAACUGAAUGGUGACGAUUUUGUAAUUUGUGGUAUUUCUGAUUUGAAGAUGCAAAGACAGUACUCUUUGCAGUUCCAUAACUUAAGGAACCUCAAGAGUUUCAGCAUAUCAAGCUGUGAUAAUUUUGUGGUGUUGCCAUGGAAAGGCCAAGGGAAGAGUGCCACUUCUGAGGUAUCAAUAACAAUGCCUGAUGCCGGAUGCUCACUUUCCAGCAUCAAUGAGCUCAAAAUAUGUGGUUCUGGGGUAUCUGAGGACAUACUGCAUGAAAUUUUGACAAAUUCUGGUAUUCUUGACUGCUUGUCAAUAAAGUACUGCCCCCAGAUUACUACGCUUGAGCUGCAUCCAAUGACAAGGCUUGAUUAUCUGGUUAUAGAAGAUUGCCUAGAGCUCAGGUCACUGAAAUGUAUGCAAACUCUCAUUCAUCUGAGAGAAUUAACUGUGCUAAGAAGUCCUAAAUUCAUUGAGGGAUGGAAAAAUCUCGUACAGCUGACAGAAGGAUCACCUCAGGAAAUUGCUGCUUCUUUGAAAAGAUUGCACAUUGAUGAUUCAUCGUUCCUUACCAUGCCAAUAUGUAGGACACUUGGAUAUCUUCAGUACUUAAUGAUCGACUCUGAUCAACAGAUCAUGUCCUUAACUCAAGACCAGGAGCAAGCAUUCAGUAAACUAACUUCUUUGCGAACACUUGCAUUCAAUGAAUGCCCAAAUCUCCGCGCUUUGCCUGCAAGGCUGCACCAGAUUUCCUCUCUCAAGAGGUUGGAUAUAUCGUCAUGUGAGAGCAUCAAUUCCCUGCCACACCAAGGAUUGCCAGGUUCACUGGAACGAUUGUUCAUAGUUGGAUGUAGCCUGUUGAGAGAGAAGUGCAUAGAUGGUGGGAUUGACCAAAACAAGAUUGUACAUAUCAGGGAGAUAAUUUUAUAAUUACAACAUUAUGCUCUCCAAUGAUAUACAAGUGCAUUCGGAUGGAAUAUUCAGAUGGGAGAUUGUUCUAGACAGCAUUUUUGGCAUUCUUUCCAUGCAGAACAGGAUCAAGAUAGGAUAAAAAAACAGCAAGAAGGUCGCAGGUAUGGCCAACUAACCAUGAGGAGUGUGGAGAUAAGGUUCCUUCAAACAGUUUCGACUGGUGUAUAGUAGGACUGAUGUGAUGUGGUCUGGGUGUGCCAGCCUGCAUCAGCUGAGGAACUGCGCGGCACAUGCACCUGCACUGCAGGGCACCAAUGGCGACGGCCUCUGGUGCUUCCUCGCUUGCUUAAUUCUGCGUCCACCUGGUGACAGAGUAAGCUGGCCGACAGUGCUAUUGAUAGACAAGGAGUAGAUGGAUCCAGUCAGAUUUGACUCUGUGUCGCAGUCCCCUGCUGAUCUUAGUUUUUUU